AUUCGCGCUGAUAUCGUGUAGCCUCUAGGCUGAGUUCGUGCGUCUCGUCGGCGGUGGAUGCUGUGACAAACCGAACUACACUCACUUUCGUCCUAAUAGGAAUGUUAGUUCUGCGCGAUCUGACGAGCCUCUCGUGUAUUCGCGACCUUUAUUAAGAUAAAUCAGUGUGCCUCUAUUAAUUACAGUGUUAUUUAUUGACUUAGCAAAAUACAGCAGUGAUUUAGCAGAGUGAUACAAUUAAAAUUAGAGUUAAUUGAAAUUUAAUUAAAGCUGAUUGAUUUUAAUGAAAACGUUGGAAAAUGGAAUCAACUGGUUUUGAUGAUCAAAUGUUUAGUGAAUUUAAUGACACCCUCAGCCCGCUGGGAACGAAAGCAAUACAUGCUAGUGGAACGAAUGGUCACAACAUUCAAGUAGUGUUGGGCAUCAAUCAAUCAUCGCCCGAUUCCUGUACGCAGAGAUUACCGGAAGUGAACAGUAUUUUGGCGGCCGGCUCGCCAAAUUACAAAAAUAUCGAUUACACCAAUUUGAACAAAGUGGAAUACCAUCCGAAUGGGAAAAUGGAUGCACAAUAUUCGCCAAACUCCAACAAAAUGGAUUACAUCAACUGUAAGCUCGAAUACUACUCUGCGCAGCCCACUGUCAAUAAUAAUCUGAAUAAAAUAGAAUAUAUUAAAACCCUAGAUUACAAUGCCAAUGGUCGUGUCGAGUACUCGCCCCCGUCUAAGGGGGUCGAUUAUGGUGGCGGAAAGCUGGAAUAUGAAUCCACCAUGACAAUGUUCCAGCAGCCAUCGCCGAUAACGUCGACCUCGUCGUUGAACGGAUUGAACGAUCCCAACAAACGGAAACACGACGACAGUGCUUCCGGCUCGUCGACUCCCACUACAACAACGUCGAUUUCCAACGGAAGCAGUGUCGACAGUGCAUCGAGUUCUAGCAAGAAAAAUGAUAAGAAAAAAUCCGAUCCCAACGGGAUCAAGAAAAAGAAAACCAGGACCACUUUCACAGCAUAUCAAUUGGAGGAGUUAGAAAGAGCCUUCGAGCGGGCGCCCUAUCCUGACGUUUUUGCACGUGAAGAGCUCGCCCUAAAGCUCAACUUAAGUGAAUCUAGAGUACAAGUAUGGUUCCAGAAUCGGCGGGCGAAAUGGAGGAAACGCGAACCACCCCGGAAGUCUGCCUAUAUGGGCAAUAACAGUCCAUCAACGCCAAUGAAUGGUCCGAUUGGCACAACGUUCACACAGUUUCCGCAGACAACAACCGUAACUCCACCGGGCAGUGUGGAAAGUUGGCCCACUUACCAAACACCGUACGAACUGAGUCCGCAUUUCAAUCUGCUAUCUCCUGCCGCUAGUCCUUACGGUUCCUUUACCACCCAAUACGGUACUUACGUGCAUGAAAGUCAAUUAUUUCCCGUGAGACAACAUUUCGAUUACGGCAGUCCGUCUAGACCGGGAGUUGAAUCUGAGGAAUCACAUCAUAAAACUGAGCACUACGCGUCGCUGGACGAUAAAUUCGACACGCACUGUAGUGUCACUGAUGGUGUAACGAACGGGAAAUACGUAGACGACACCAAGUACAUACACGCAGUCAACAUUAUUGACGAUCCCAAGUAUACGACCAAUUGUCAUCUCGAAGAUCCAUCACUUAAACAGUCGCCCUACGGGACACCAUCCACGUGUCAACCUGGAGACGAAGGAGAACCGCUUGGCAUCCUGAAGUCGGAGGAUGGCGUCAGCCACAGUUACGUUCUCCCGCCUUUUUUGCGCUGAAGCAAAUGCUAUCGGCAAAACGUUCUUAAUAUACCGCCGCAGCAAGAAGUCGUGGAUGUUUUCUAUUUUAGGUAAAGGGAUUGAAAGUCAAACAAUUCAGCCAAAAUGUGUAUAGCAUAGAUAUGCUUGCUCCUAUAUUUAUUUUAUAUUCUUAUCCCAAAAUUACUCCCUAGAUUUAUAAAGAAAAGGUUUUAUCAUUGUACCUAUGUAAAUACUCAGACAUCGAAGUUUAUGGAAACCGUAACAUUCAAUUGAUGUACAACCCAAAUCCCACAAAGCACACAGGUAUAAUGAAAUCAAAACCGAAGGCUUAUUUAUACAUGCGAAGGAGAUCAUCGACAAGUGCCUUUCGCCUAUAUUUUCACACCGUAGAAAGGGUCGUUGUACAAAGCUACCAAAAACUCGCGAGAAACGAAUCCGGUUAACCAGACAGCUGAGAAAAAGCUCUAUCUAAAAACUAGAAUAAAUUUAACCGUAAAUACGAGAUAAAUCAAAUCAAAGAAUAAACAUUCGAUUGUUGGAAAAUUUUCCACGCCAGGUAACACCUCGGUUGUUUCGAAACAGUUGGGUUUCUCUGAGUCAGACUUGUUUAUUUUAUCGAGAAAUUAAAGCUUUGAUCAAAACAGUGAUUUGCGUUAAAAGGGAAAAAAGUCGUUCCAGGCUGUGCCAAAAAAUCAGUGCUCCAGAUCCGGUUGAUUGGCAAAGUGCGAUGAAAAAGAGGGAGAUUUAGUGUCGUUAUCCGUAGUCCAAGCGAUUGAGCUAUUAGAUUAAAUUUUACACUUCUUUUGGCUGGUAUGAAAUUAUAUAAAAUAAAAAAUGUGAAGUGCCAUUCAAUUUAAAUUAGUACCUAAAAGAUUCGGAAAAAAAUUCCUCAAUUUUUCUGUUAAGAUUUGUUAAGCAACUAAAUUCAGCUUUUAUUGUAAAUAAUUUACCAAUAGUCAUAAGAAGUAUCUAUUUACGCAAUUACUGGUUGCCAAUAGCGAUUCAGUCCAAAACCAACAACAAAAUCCAAAAUGUCUUUCCAAAGAAAAUAUAGCUCGAGGCUAAUGCACAUAAAAUGUCAGUCUCUAAAAGAUUUCCAAACCCACAGUUGAACCAUCGAACGAUAUAGCUGCUAUUUAAGUUGUUAUUAGAUUUACUUUAUGUUUUCGCUUACGUUCAGAUUACUAUCCCAAUAGUAUACUACCGAAGCGGGCUUAUUUGGAAAAGCCUCAACCAUGAUUUUAUUGAGUCCAAUGUAAAUAGUCGGAUAGAAUUUACCUAGCGUAAGAACACCUCGAAGGAGCCGAGCUGUUGAAGCACAUUCCCUGGAGUGCCUUAAUGUUUGUUGUGAGACGCUAUCUCAAAAUAUUUCGGUCGGUUUACGAAGUGUAGCAAUGAAAUGUAAAGUAAAGUUGCAUCCCCGAAAUGUAAAUGUAUA